UAUCUGUGGACUUGCAGAAGGUAUUGGAAGCUAUCCGUUUGUUAAUUUCACGCUUCCAGAUGAUUCGUUCUCCAGAUGGGACACCCCAUGCGCUGUCCUUCACCUGGAAUGACGAGACAGGGGCGGGGGCAGGGAAGAGGACCAAGACGUCCCACAUCAGCUCCCACUCCACCCCAAGCACCACCACCACUACCACCAGCCUCAGCUCGUGGGACAUCGAUGGCGGACUUGCUGCAGACUUUGACGGAUCCCUGUCGGGCUUGGGAACAGAGCUGGGGACUUCUAGCUACAACAUGAGCGAAGCUCUGCUGGCUCUUCCAGUGUUCAAACAAGAAAAUCUUGAAAGCGGGUUUCAGUAUAUUCUUGGUGCUGCAACUUCACCAGCUGUAAAGAUGAAUGAAGAGACUCUGACCUAUCUGAAUCAGGGCCAGUCUUAUGAGAUCAAGUUGAAGAAAUUGGGAGAUUUGUCUGAAUACCAAGGAAAAUUCCUCAGAAGCCAGGUUAAGGUGCUGUUCCAUGAGCGCCGGUUACAGUACAUGGAGAGAGAACAGAUCGAAGCCUGGAAGAGAAACAGACCAGGGGAGAGAAUUCUAGAUAUUGACGUUCCUCUCUCAUAUGCGUUGAUCGAUAUGAAUCUGGAUGCUAUUCGGUUGAAUCAGACGGAGUUUAUUUGGGACCCGACGAAGGAGACCGGGGUGUACAUCAGGGUCCACUGUAUCAGCACAGAGUUCACAGCUAAAAAACAUGGUGGAGAGAAGGGCGUCCCCUUCAGGAUACAGGUCGAAACUUACUCCAAUGGACCCGAUUCAAAGUUAUUACAUUGUGCUUCCUGUCAAGUUAAAGUCUUUAAGCCCAAAGGCGCAGACAGAAAACACAAGACAGAUCGGGAGAAGAUGGAGAAGAGGUCAGAGGCAGAAAAAGAAAAAUAUCAACCUUCAUAUGAGUGCACAGUUCUUACAGAGGUGCCCUUAGACCAAGUUUUGGCAGCACAGGCUUCGCAGUUGUUGAAGUCCCCUACCAACAUCUCCCCCAGUGUGUGUUCCAUCACAACCGUCCCCAGUACAACAGACUCACCGACGCCGGUACAACCACUGAGUCCAUCACCUGCAACGCCAUCACCUCCCACUCACCUCCCCUCUCGCAUCAUCACCUCCACCCCACAGGUGCUCACACCAGAGGCAGACCAGACCACCACAGGGCCGUUGCCAGGGGAUUCUACAUCUCAGGAAGUGGCUCGAUGGCUACAUUUUAACAGAUUCACAAGUUAUACAAGGGUUUUUCAAAAUUUCUCAGGUGCUGAUUUAUUACGGUUAAGUCGAGAUGACUUGAUUCAGAUCUGUGGUUUAGCAGAUGGUAUCAGGCUUGACAAUGCUCUUCAGUCAAGGGCUGUGCGGCCGCGUCUCACACUCUAUGUCUGCCAGGAAGUGGAGUCAGGUGAGCUCAUCGUUUACCAUGCAGUGUACCUGGAGGCGAUGACUGUGAUGGAGCUGAGCCAGAAACUGUCACUGUUGUUUGGGAUUCAGCGAUCACAGAUUGGAGACAUUUAUAUUCAGGGGCCAUCUGGAAUACAUGUACUCGUUACAGAUGAAGUAAUUCACAAUGUUGGGGAUCAGACCAGGUUUGCUGUGGAAGGAAUGAAAGAUGAUGGAAGUGACAAAUACAAGAUCUUGUUGAAGACUGUGGAUUGAAAAAAGAGAAUGUGGUGAAAGAGACACUUUAUACUUGGUCUGCUGGACAGCUGGUCACUGGACCGAGUGUACCACCAGUACCUCAAACCAUGGAGCAUAUCCACUACCACUCACCCACGUGUCACCCCAUCCCAUCAUACUUCAUAAACCCGUCAACACAAGUCCAGUGAAGUUUCAGUAACCCUGCUGAUUGCUGCGGCUACCUAUCUCACACAUGCCCACUGGGUACCCAGUCAUACCCUAGCCCCCCAGGUACCCAGUCAUGCCCUGGCCUGAAGGUCUCCAAUCUCAGCCGUCAAUCUGCACAUGUAAAUAAUUCAUACACUACCUCAUUACUCUCAAGCAUCGACCCUGUCGAAAUCAUCCCUAAAUAUAGGGGCCACAACUGGCCCAUUUGUCUAACGUGAUGUCAUAUAAGGUAGCACUAUUCAAAGUACCCACACCAUUAUAUCAUGUGCAUAGCCAGGAAAUAACAGUGCUUUAGAUUCAGUCUUGUGCCAUGUCCUAUGGCUGGCGGUGGUUGGUGGGGAGACACUGAGAGAUACAUGUGGUAUGUACUGAGAGAUCCAGGGACGUCAAGGAGCCUGUAGAGUACACGCUGAUGGUGACCACGUGACCAGGAAGUAAUACUGGCAGCAUGUUAGGCCAUCACAGUAUGGGGGGACAUGCCAGGUCACAGCAUUCCAUGGGCCGUCACCAAACAGCUGCCAAGAACAGAAAUACUAAAGAACAUGCAACAGCUGACAGGUGCUCCAGCUACAUGAAGCUGAUCAUAUACAGUGAAACGUCACCUGUGAUGACUCACACUUCCAAGAUAACGAUAUACUGAGGGAUGUGACUUGUGGCUCCCAGAAACCAGACCCAAAUUGAUGAUAUACCAAGGAGCUCUGCCUGCUGUAGUUGUAACCGUCAUGUGUGUUUGUCACGUGUGUCUUGUGUGAAACAGCUCAUCCUUCAUGUUAUAGAAACUCGGGAUUCGUUAUUGUACAUUCAGAACUCCCAUCGUGCAAGUGUUGACCAUUGACUGUCUCUCCCAGGAGUUGUUUGGCAGGGAGGUGCUGGGUGGCUGGAUAUCCCCCUGUUCUUCAUUAGCGCUCAGUUUAAUACAGUGUAUAUGUAGUGGAAUCUUGUUAUCACCUGAAUGAAGGGACCACAGAUUUAUAUAUGAGACCCUGUUACCAUGGUUACUGCUAUAUAGGGUGAAUCAAUAGGGACAUGUGUGGAGCUAGACCCAGUGCUAGCUUGUAAUGGCUGUAUGUGAAUGUAUUCCGUGAGAAAUCCUUCGUACCUGUGAAUAGGGUUCAGCAUGUUGGAUAAAUCCUUGACACUUUGUUUCUGCUUGUUUCUCAUUAAUUGGGGAAGAUCGUGGUGAGGAGAUAUAUCCAGAUCUCCUCCGGAGGAUGUGUUCUGAAGUUUGUCGAAUUGAACAGUGUGGUUGAUUACCUUGGAGAUUUAACUGCAAAUUGAUAUUAUCAAGAUCAUGAACUUAAAUCAGAAUGAACUUAUUUUCAGAAUGAAUAGAUUUAUACCAGUACUCUUGCUUGCAUCAUUCAUUGUUAUUUUGGUUUCACUGCCCUCACCUGGGCCAUUUUGUUUAAGGUCCUGUGUUACCAUUAGCACUGGGGCAGUUCACAAGGUCACAGCAGGAUACGCCAUGACACAGAAGCAAGACUUGUACAAAAUGAAUGAUCAAUGUGACGUGAAUAUUAUUUAGUUUGUUGUGUGGAAAUUUCUAGAACCUGAUUGCAAGCCGUGAAUGCUGAAGUAUGCUGUGAUGCACAGUGUAGGUUACUGAGUGCAGGGCAUGUGGGACAUAUACUGGACAAAAAUAGGUAGGGAUAUAUGUAAAUUUUGAAAUUAUGGAUAAUGAUGUAUUUAUUCAUUGACACAUUGAUAAAAUAUCAAUCAUAAAAAUACCAAUACCCCUAACUUAUUUUGUCCAGUAUAUAUUUUGUGUUGUAUCCUGCUGCUGACCUGUGGUGAAUGGUACCAGUCAACAUGCACAAAGUCUGUGACAAGAUUAAAGAAUCUUAUGCUU